AACAACGGUGUAGCUUUCCGUCUGCGGCACUUGAUCCAGGACGCAAGACGGAAGGUUUGUUACUUGGCACUACACAGCUACUACACUGAUUCGCGAUGAUUCAAAAGAAACUUCUUGCAAUUCUUACUCUGCAAAUUGUGCUACUGAAUAUCUAUGGUCUCACGUCUGGUGUAAAGACAACCUCAGGAAAGUACUGUGCCUUUCCGUUCACUUACAAGGGUGUGGUUUACAAGAGCUGUACUACGAAGGAUCAUAAUCGUCCCUGGUGUUCAACAACAGCCAUAUACAGUGGAAAGUGGGGAAACUGUGCGGGUCUCACUUCUGGUGUAAAGACAGCCUCAGGAAAGUACUGUGCCUUUCCGUUCACUUACAAGGGUGUGGUUUACAAGAGCUGUACUACCAAGGAUCAUAAUCGUCCCUGGUGUUCGACAACAGCCAUGUACAGUGGAAAGUGGGGAAACUGUGCAGGAUUUUAUUCUAAUGGUGUAAAAACGACUUCAGGAAGAUUCUGCGCGUUCCCAUUCAUCUACAAAGGACAUCACUACAACACGUGUACAAAGACGGACCAUUYUCGUCUUUGGUGCUCUACCACAAUACACUACGACAAAGAUAAGAAAUGGGGAAACUGUGCCUAAGCUCCUGGCGUAUCUGACAUUCUAUGGUAACUCGAUAUAAUUCUGGCAAUACUAAAGUAAUAAUCCUUUGAUUUAAGUCAAAUGUAAUUCUAAGAACGAGUAAUUUUCUAGCUAGUCAUUAGUUGAGGAAGAAUGAGAAACRUCAAUUCUUCUUGACUCUUAAAUGGUUUCCUUGCUAUGAUUGAACGGUACGGCACUGGUUCAGUUUGAGCUUAUGAUUGGUGCGCAACGGAAACUAUAAAUAUUUUUGGGCGGCAAUUCUUUGAACAAACGACUCAAAAAAAACCCUCUAAUUUCUAAAAUAAAAUAAAAGAUGUAAUAAAUCAAUGUUGGUGAAUUAAAAUAAAGUGCAUUUAGAAAAA